CUCUAACUACGUCACCGGGUACAACUGCCAUGAUUGGCCAUGGGCUACGUAUACGCCAAAUGAUAGACAUUCGCAACGUCCAAUAAACGGCCGGUGACAAUCGUAAACCACACCUCCCCUACGAGAAAUUCGGAUUCCAGACCAUAUUUCACUUGUGAUACUACGAGAAAUUCGGAUUCCAGACCAUAUUUCACUUGUGAUAUGGUCUGGUGUUAUGGUGUAUCAUUCAUAAGCUGGAAAAACAAACCGAGGCCUCGCCUGCUAUCAGUCACGUGGCUUUCUGCUGAACGCUACACGCCUCGAACCGGGGUUUCGUCUGACACGCCCCCUUAUUCCUGCUUUAGCAACUUAGCGUAGCUUUUUGUUUUUUUUUUUGGACGAUUUGAAGCUAUUUAAUGCGAGUUUGUGUCCCGAUCCUCCUCACGCGCGCUCCUUAUAUAAGAACGAUAACCUCGCGAGAUUUCGUCAGUAAACCUAACGGAAGCUGCUGUGUCUGGUCGUUCUGAUUCGUGCAAUGGGCAGUUUUGGGCUUGCAAACAGUAGGUGUUUUGUGCGCCAGGUCUGUCUGGGUUUUCCGAGCACGAUGAGCCGCCAGUACAGCCUGAAUAUUCCGGCCGAGCUGCUGCAGACUCAGGGCUUCAUUGAUGGCCGCUGGGUGUCGGCAUCCUCCACUUUCCCCGUGCUGGAUCCGGCCACUGGACAAGAGCUGGCUCGAGUCUCAGACUGCGGCCCCCAGCAGGCUCAGGAGGCUGUUCGCGCUGCGUACAAAGCGUUUUGCUCCUGGAAGGAGCGGACUGCAAGGGAAAGGAGCCUUCUGCUACGGAAAUGGUUCAAUCUGGUCAAUCAGCACAAGGAGGAUCUGGCCAAGCUUAUUACAGCAGAGUGUGGCAAGCCCAUGAAGGAGUCGCUAGCUGAGGUUGCAUACUCUGCAUCUUUUCUUGAGUGGUUCUCUGAGGAAGCCCGCCGUGUCUACGGAGACAUCGUGGCACCACCAGCCAAGGACCGCAGAAUACUGCUGCUCAAGCAGCCAGUGGGCGUGGCCUCUAUAAUCACCCCAUGGAACUUCCCAAGUGCCAUGAUCACCAGAAAGGUGGGAGCAGCCCUAGCAGUUGGCUGCACUGUAGUGGUGAAGCCGGCUGAAGACACGCCCCUUUCUGCUCUAGCACUUGCUGAGCUAGCAGUGCAGGCUGGAAUCCCUCCUGGAGUGUUUAACGUGGUACCCUGUUCCAGGGAGAAGACCCCUGCUGUGGGUGAAAUCCUCUGCACUGACCCUCUAGUGGCAAAAAUCUCAUUCACUGGCUCCACUGCCACUGGCAAGAUUCUGCUGAAGUAUGCUGCUGAAACUGUCAAGAGAGUGUCUAUGGAGUUGGGUGGACACGCUCCCUUCAUUGUCUUUGACAGUGCAGAUGUGGACAAAGCUGUAGCUGGGGCAAUGGCCUCUAAAUUUAGAAACUCAGGCCAAACCUGCGUAUGCUCCAACCGCUUCCUGGUACAGAGUGGGAUCCAUGAUGUGUUUGUGGAAAAGCUCGGGAAGGCCAUGGAUGCAGAGCUGCGAACAGGCCAUGGAUUCGAACCCACAACCACACAGGGGCCUCUCAUCAAUGCCCGUGCUGUUGAGAAGGUGGAGCGUCAGAUCACGGAUGCUGUCUCACAAGGAGCUGUAGUACUGAAAGGAGGAAAGAGACUUGAGGGAUCUUUCAUGCAGCCCACCCUGCUAUCCAACGUCACAACUAACAUGCUGUGUAUGCGAGAGGAGACUUUUGGUCCCCUGAUGCCGGUUCUCAAAUUCAACACAGAAGAGGAGGCUCUUGCCAUUUCUAAUUCAUCGCUGCUUGGGUUAGCAGGCUACUUUUACUCUCAGGACCUGAGUCAGAUCUGGCGAGUGGCUGAGCAGCUGGAGGUGGGAAUGGUUGGGGUGAAUGAGGCUCUUGUCUCCGCAGCAGAAGUCCCAUUUGGUGGGGUUAAACAAUCAGGCUUGGGCAGAGAGGGCUCUAAAUAUGGCAUCAAUGAAUAUCUGGAGGUGAAGUACAUGACUCUUGGCGGGCUUAAUAUGUAAGCAUGGUUCUGCUAUCGUUUUUUUUUUUUUCCUGAAUAAAAGGCACAUUAGAAUAGUUCAGAACAAAAUAAAUGGGAUUACUACAUGCAUCAAGCGAAAAGCACCUUUUGAAAGAGGAAAAACAAAGAUGGAAGUAGAUAUUACACAUUUUUCUACGUGUCUGUUUAUAAUCAUUCUAUUAAUAGUAACUGUUGAUGUUCAGUAAAUGGGAAGAAAAAUACUUUGUCUUGCAAUGUCUACUGGAAACGCAUUGCAUCCUCAGUGCAUCUCAUCACUCUGUGCACCUAAUAUUCACCUGCAUCGAAUUGUAGGAACUUGUUCUGAGCCUAAAUGCAUAACUUGCAUCCUUGUUUUGAAUCGUCUCUCUGAUGAAGUGCAGGAAGAAGCACAAGACGUGUUAGAGAUUUAUAAAAAAAAUCCUUAAUUCCUUUUAAAUGUACGAGGAAAUGGUGUUUGUCACUGUAUUGUGAAUAAUUGUUGUA